AUGUCCACUUCAUUCCAAAACAAGCUAAACCAGCUCGAGCGGCGAUUGAUGGAGGAGAACAGCUCGAGGGAGAGAGACCGAGCCAGGAAUUUCGAUAGCGGCUCCUCUUCCGGUCCCCGGAGGCCCAGUCGUCGUUUGGAUUGGCCACCCAAAUAUUUUGGAUUUGCUGAUGCCUCUGGUGAGAUUACUACGGGUCGAUCAAGUUCUGCUCCUUCUUCUGGGAGAAGACGUCCUGCAGCAUUGGACUGUUACUCCAGUCCUGCACAGAGGCAGCCAGAUGGGACUGAAAUUGAACAAAAAUAUCAAGAAAUAAUGAAGCAGACUGGUAUUUUAAAUGUGAAUGGACAGAAACUUCCCAGUGAUUGCAGUGAUUUGGAAGCUCUGGGUGAACUUGGCCAUGGCACAUGUGGACAAGUAAUUAAAAUGAGACACAAGAAAACAAACAGUUAUUUGGCUGUGAAGCAAAUGCGUCGUUCCAGCAAUAGAGAAGAAAAUAAAAGAAUUAUUAUGGAUCUGGAUGUGGUUAUGAAAAGCCAUGACUGUCCAUACAUUGUUCAGUGUAUAGGGAUAUUCAUAACUACUAGUGAAGUAUGGAUCUGUAUGGAACUAAUGGCUACGUGCUUAGAUAAAUUAUUAAAGAAAACACGCAGACCUAUACCCGAGAGAAUUCUAGGCAAAAUGGCAGUUGCAAUUGUAAAAGCAUUGAAUUAUCUCAAGGAGAGGCAUGGUGUGAUACACAGAGAUGUGAAGCCAUCCAACAUUCUCCUAGAUGAAAAAGGUACAGUAAAGCUGUGUGACUUUGGUAUCAGUGGUCGACUGGUGGACUCUAAAGCAAAGACCAGAAGUGCAGGCUGUGCUGCAUAUAUGGCGCCUGAAAGAAUUGACCCACCAGAUCCUGAACGUCCAGAUUAUGACAUCCGUGCAGAUGUUUGGAGUCUGGGGAUCUCUUUAGUUGAGCUGGCAACUGGUGAAUUUCCUUACAAGAAUUGCAGAACAGAUUUUGAGCUUCUUACAAAAGUGUUGCAGGAAGAUCCUCCACUUCUUCCACCUAACAAUGGAUUCUCUAUAGACUUUUGUUCAUUUGUACGAGAUUGCCUAACUAAAGACUAUAAGAAAAGGCCCAAAUACAAGAAAUUACUGGAACAUCCAUUCAUCAAGCGAUAUGAGACCUUAAAUGUGGAUGUAGCAGCCUGGUUUGCAGAAGUGUCUCAGUUGAUGAAUUCUUCAUAG